CCUUUUCUAAUUAACACGUCGAAAUCUCGCCCCCAGGGCCUACGGAAUGAAAGCUCGAAAGAAUAAGCUCUAGACUCGAGUCGUAGAGGUAGAGAUUACCCAAUGGAUCAGAGAUAAUCCCUUAACUAAAAUCGUACCCACAAAAUACAAUUGAACAACCUCGUGAAUUAAUUUUUAAAGCCCCACACACAUGUCAUGCCUGAAACUGCCCAUGGCGGCAGCUUCUAUUUACACCCACAAGCCCUUCGGCUGCCACCACAAUUUCAACAAAUGGGCCCGCAGCACCACCGCCAUGGCCACCAGCUCUCUAGCCAAGCUAAAACCUAAACCCAGACACUUCGAAGCCCUGUAUGUUAACUGCAACUGGGAGCGAAUACCCGUUGUUACUGUCUAUAAACAUGGGUGGAGUAUAGCCCCGUGCGCACCCCUCACACCCUCCGCGCACGAUAAGCGUGCUCCUAAAACGCUACGGUUUCGUGGCGUCCACCACAAGAACUGCCCCCCUGCUUUAUCUUCACGCAGUUUUAGCUCCGAAGAGAAAGGAGGAUUUUCUGCCUCUAAGUCUGGCUCCGGUAUCGUGGCAGAUAUGGGUGCGGAAAGCAAGGACCCCAAAGAUUUGUUCCAAUCGCCCUCGUCAAUGCAAAACCAGCGGCCACAGCAACAACAGUCUUCGAAACUGCUCACAUUACCCACAAUCUUAACGCUCGGUCGCGUCGCCGCUGUGCCGCUUCUCAUAAGCACCUUCUACGUUGAUAGUUGGUGGGGACCAACUGCUACUACAAGUAUUUUCAUAUCUGCUGCUGUUACAGAUUGGCUUGAUGGCUAUCUUGCUCGGAAGAUGAUGCUAGGGUCUGCAUUUGGUGCAUUUCUAGAUCCAGUAGCUGACAAGCUUAUGGUUGCUGCCACAUUGGUCUUGUUGUGUACCAGACCGGUUGAAGUACCAAUGUUUGGGCAAGUGCCAUGGAUAUUGGCUGUACCUUCAAUUGCCAUAAUUGGUAGAGAGAUAACCAUGUCUGCAGUGAGAGAAUGGGCUGCUUCUCAAAAUAGUAAGCUUUUAGAGGCUGUUGCUGUAAAUAACUUGGGAAAGUGGAAAACAGCCACACAGAUGACUGCACUAACCAUCCUAUUGGUUACCAGAGAUAGCAGUCUUGGAGGACCGGGGAUUCUCGUACCUUUUGGAGUUGUUUUGCUUUACAUCUCAGCCGGUCUUGCUGUAUGGUCACUAUUUGUGUACAUGAGAAAGAUUUGGAGAGUAUUGCUGAAGUAAUGUGCUAGCUUUGUUGCAUGGUUGCAUGGUUGCACUUCAUUCGCACAUGAAUCCUUUUGAUGAUGAACUUCAUGCAUUGGAGCUGUGUUCUUUAGAUGGAUGGAAAGCAAAGAUGUUC